GGCCUCGGGGAGCCGGUGGGAAGCGUCGGGAGCAGGACAGGGAAUAACCUCCCGCACUCACUUGUUGCGGUCAGCCCCCAAGCAGCAGAUGGAAGGAAAGGGCAAAGGCCUCGAAUACUACCUCUCCCGGUUCCUUUGCCUCGCCAGCUUUGUGCUGCUGCUGAUUUUUCUGGGCAUCCUCGUGGUGAAGAUGAUUGGGUCAGGCUGGCUUGACAGGAGAGAGGAGAACUUUAAUCUCUUGCCUGUGGAUUGUGACAGAAGAACGGAUGAUUUCUGUCAAGCUAAACAGAAGGACAUAAUAAUGAACAUGCUGCACGAGUUGUAUAACUACUUGUCCAUACAAGCUGGUAAUUUUGAAUGCGGAAACCCUGAGAAUCUAAAAAGCAAAUGCAUUUGGGUUAGUGAAGCGAGGGAUCAUGUGCUGAAUGUAACCGGUAGUUCCCCACAGAAGUUUGAAGCUGCCUUGCACUGGAUACUAAACAGUAACAAGGAUUUAGGGAUAUGGUUGAAAGGCAGAGACCUUUCGGAACCAGUUACCAAAGUGGAGGAAGUGUUCUGUCUCGAAUCGGCCCAUCCUCAGAUGGGGCUCGGCUGCCGUUUCCGCCGAGCAGUGGUCACUGCCGCUAUGAACCUUUUCCUGUUCUUCUGGAGUCUGAUAACUCUUUGGGGGAUCCUGAUCUUCCUUAGGUAUCGCUGGCGGAAGAUGGAGGAAGAGGAACAAGCCAUGUAUGAAAUGGUGAAGAAGAUCAUAGCUGUUGUCCAGGACCACUAUAAGGAAUGGGAACGGAAUUUGGAACGCUACCCCUAUGUUGGCAUUUUCCACGUUCGGGACAGCCUCAUCCCUCCUCAAAGCAGAAAAAAAAUGAAGCGGGUCUGGGAGAGAGCUGUGGACUUUCUGGCUUCAAAUGAGUCACGGAUUCAGACAGAGUCACACAGAGUAGCAGGAGAAGAUAUGCUUGUGUGGAGAUGGACUCAGCCUUCUUACGUCUCGGAUUCAGAGCACUGAAGAGGAGCAGAAGUUGAGCAACUGUUGAUAUGGACCUCUGCAAGGGGACAGUCCCUUCUCUGGUGAUGGGAAAGAGCAGGUCACGGUCCUAAUCUCCUGGGGUUGGGGAUUGCACGUAUCUGUUUGCUCUUCUUUCUGAAAAACUUCACACACAAAAAUUCAGGGCAAUAAUGUUGGCUUGGAAAGAAGAUGGGCUUGAGCUGGUGGGAAGCUAGAAUUGCACCAAAGUUAGCCUUCCAGCAGAUAUCUGGCUUCCGUAAGCAAGCAAACCUAGAACAACUUUUUAAAAAGAAAAAAAAAACCCACCAUACCUAAUAUUGAGGGUGUUUAAAAUUUGACCUCAAUUCUGCAAAGGCCAACUGGUGGCAAUGUCCAUCAGGGAAUGUGUUUAAAGAAGAUUAACAUUUCCCAUGGAAACAUAAGGGUGGCAGUAGUUAAGAUGCAUUUUGUUAGAAUUUGGUUUUAUCAGUACAAAAACAGUGAUGAAAGCACUUGCUGCUUCCUGGUGAGGAAAAUGUUUGUGUCGGCUUCACCCUUUAAAAAUGGGGGAGAGGGGGGAAAAGUCAGGUGAAGGUAGUCCUAGAGGGAGGGCAGUCUGAUGUGCCUUGGUGGUUUGGGCUGGGUUGGGUGGGACGGAGGAGCGGUUGUGACCCUGUUACACCUUUUAAGUCUGCAGUCUGUGUGCUUUGGGAUUUCGGGGGGGGUGGGGUGGGGGGAAUUUGGGUGCAAAGUAAAGUAUAUAGGAAGCUUCAGAAAGCGCUUUCUUGUGGCUACAGCCAAAGGGACUGCUUCAUGGGCUAUUAAAGAGCAGCUUUGGAAAGGCUGUUAGGGCUGAAUGUACAUGUUUAUCCUGGGCAGCUGCAAUGUGUGUGCUGCGUGUCAGAGCAGGGGUGUGCCACGUGUGGAGUGUCAGUACAGGGAUUGCCAAGUCAAUGUUCCUGCAGCCUCACACUAGGUACAAGGAGCAGCGAUCAACCCUCUGUUCGUGCUGCAGGCAUCCUAUUUUGUAUCUAUAAUCAUUUGGUUACUUAAGUUUCUUUUUAUGUCCGGCAAACGAGCGUUUGUUUCAAAGAAAAUAGCACCAGUGUGUGGCAGUUUAGGCUAGGCAGAGAUACUGCUAAUCUGCUCUUCCCAGUAUUGUAAAACAGCUGUCCAGCUCACCACUGAAGACAGCAAGGACCAAAUUAAUUUCUGACGUAAGCUAGUAAAACCUGCAGAGAGAAGCCAGCGUUGAUUUGAACCCCUGUAACCAGUGGAUGUUGUUCUUAGCGUCACGGGUACGGUGUGAACGCUUGCAUUCAUCUCUGGCGCUGGAUGCACGGAGAGCUUCCUCUCCAGGCUCUGGCUUGGCUUAGGACGGCUGCCGAAGCCCUGCUCGCCGCUUUGCAAGGCUGGUGAUGCCCCGUACAAGGUGGGUUCCUUCUGCCAGUCCCUGCUCACCUCCCGGUGUGAAGUCUGCACUUCUCCGCCCCACUGCCGGCUUUGGUGGGGUUUUCCACCUGCGCGCCCCGCGGGCUGCUGCAGAAGGACUGCAGAGACUCCUUACGUACCUCCUGCUGGCGGUCAUCCACCGGAACGAGUGGAGAGAGCAGAUUUCUCCAGGAACAAAACACAGGGAGGUCUUUCCCAUUCAAUGGGAAAUAUUCUGCGUGGAGUUGACUCUUACCCCGUAUUUUCUUUUCGGUUGCAAAGGGGAAGGCGUUUGAACAGACGAGGAGACUCAACAGCUGUCUUCAAGACAAUGACCAGCUUCUUCCACUGGUAAUAAAAUAGGGGAUAAAGGGAAGGCAGCCUUGAUUCUUCUAGAAUGUUGUAACAAGAUCGUCACUGCUGCCGUAGAAAUGUUUGCAAACACCGGUGCCUACAUUCUUAAGCCUUUUUAAAGUAUUUGUGGGGUUUGGGCUAGCUUUUUUUAACCGUCCAAAUCCAGAAGUGGAGAGUCAGGCAUUGGCAGUCAUCUUUUUGUAUUACACUUGUUUUUGUAGAAUAAAUUUCACUGGCUUGGUGCUGUUUCUUACAUGUUCAAUUUAGCUCUGUAAAUCAAUAUAUAAAAUAAAUUUAU